AUGUCGGGCUUUGACUUCAACACCCUUCUUCGCUAGUCAGUCCUCUCUGGAUCGACAAAUGCGCGUGCGAGGACUGAAUCUGACCCGAUUGAUUACACGACCGCUCUACUUUUCAACACUCUCUACAUCCACAGUGCGAAGAAGGCCUUCACGGUGAGUGCCAUUGCCUACAUCGACCCGAGUCGGUGGGAACGGCUCCAGUACGCAGUGCGCUAAUUUGUCUUUUAUCGCUGCUUUACAGUUCUACAAAAAGUUCAAGAGCCAACAGAACCAGAACCAAGGUCAGGGAGGCCAACAGCAGCAACAACAACAACAACAACAGGGAGGAGCAUGGAACAAUCAGCAGCAAUCGCCGUACCCUCCUGUCCAUGGCCAACAGCAGCAGCAGCAUGGCGCUUGGCAACAGUCGCAGCCGCAACAAGAGCAUCACUCUGGACCGUACGGAGCUCAUGAUGGGCCUGCUACCGUGAGUUCGCUUGCUUCGACUCCGAUCGCGACCUUGGCUGCCCGGCGCAUCUCGGCGACCUCGCUUCAACAAUCGACUCUGCCGAUGCCGAAGCGAUUCGUCGAUAUGAACGGGGCACCGCACCCGCGACUACCUCGCGAAAUGGUCGAGCUCAUCGACAUGUACAUCUUGUCCUUCGAGACGACAUGUCGAUCUUUAUCAGCGCCGCGACGAAGCUGGUCGUCCCUGCCAGGUUUUGGGCCCCUCCUUUCCUCGUCCUCAAGGGGGCCGUCUAGGAUUCUCUUGCUGGCCCAUCCUACCGCUCGAGAGCUGAAGCAUGCCUUUCCACAUACCCUUUUCCCACUCUCCCUCCCUUCUCCGUUACACCAACGCUCCUUUUCAUCGUUUCCACCCCAUCUCAUCCGGCGACAUCGCCGCCUUCGACCCCCCUUCCGAACCCCGAUCGAACUCUUGAACCCGAACUACGUCGACCGGAUACCGCUCCCACCCCGCACCUCGGUCUUUUGGUUGUUACCCGGCUUCCUGCGCCCCGCUUUCCGGUACCUGGUCGCUUUGGAUCGGAUGGAGGAACAGAAUCAGGAUAUGGCGAACGCGCAAAAUUCGUAUUAUGUCGAGUUGAGGAACAAGGCUAUUCAGGAGGGAGAUUUGAUGGUGCGUACUGGUUUUUUUUUUCUUCUUCUUUUCAAUCAGUGUGAGCUUUGGCGCAGGACGGGACGGGCUUUGAUCUCGGACCUUCUUUCUUAAUGUAGGGCAAGGCCUUCUCGGCUUCCAAGCAAGCCUAUGCUUCCGGCGAUGGGGGACGUGCGCACGACCUCAGCGUCGAAGGAAAGGAGCAUCAACGCCUCAAGGAGCAAUACAACGACCAGGCUGCGCAAUGGAUCUUCGAUGGUAAGUACCCCGCUCGAUACUCUGCGACGUAGCCGUGAAACCUCGUGAACUCAUUCAUCGAGUUCGCGUCGCCGUUCACAGAGAACAACAAGGUCCAACCGCGCGGUACGAUCGACCUACACGGUCUGUACGUACAAGAAUCGAUCGACUUUACCGAACGAGCGAUCCGAAACGCGCGCCAAGAAGGGUUACCCGAAUUACGCGUCAUCGUCGGUAAAGGCAACCACUCGGCCGCGCACGUCGCCAAGAUCAAACCCGCGAUCACGAGUUUGAUGCAAAAGGAGAAUCUGACGGCCCAUUUGGAUCAACGUAAUUCGGGCGUGUUGGUCGUUUUGUUGCAGGGGCAAGGGACGGGCAAGAGUUCGAGGGAGGUGAUUGGCGAUUUGGAGAGGGAUCCGAAUAAUGAUUGUGUGGUCAUGUAG